AUGACGGCUGCUUCCGUGGCUGAAGCUGAAGCCCAAUGGCGGACCCAGGUCGCAGCCAUGAGAGCAGCAAUAGCUGAGCUCAAGCUACCCUCCCAGGCCCCGAACGGAGACAGUUACAUGGAUGAUGAUGACGACGAUUAUGACUACAGUUCCGGGAGUGGCGGUCAUGAUGUCUGGGAUUAUAUCUCAGAUAGUGAGCUUGACGAGCUUGGAUUUGACAGUGGAGAUCUAGCUGAUGGCACUGAUGGCGAUGCUUCUUACGGUGCAGCAUGGCUGGUUUCAAGAUGUUCAGAGAUUGCCGGACGGAAGAAUGGCUUGUCAGCCGACGCAUUUCAAGAUCAGAUCACAGCCGCCCUGGCAUCCUCCCAGCCCGAAGACGAACUCCAAGUGCUCCUCACCGACAUUGUUGGUAAGGCCGAGAGAGAUGAGGCUCUCCGCCGAGAAGAUUUCAGGCACAAGAAUGCUGCUCUCGGACCUGCCACGGCCAAGGAACCAGUAUACCCGCACGUGUACACAGACUACAAGGCAGGGAACACGCUCAGCCAUGCUGGCAAGAAAUAUGCCCUUCCCACUGGCAGUGAAAGAUUCGAGCGCGAAAAGACGUUCAAGGGAUACAAAACCCUCAACCGCAUGCAAAGCCUGGUUUAUCCGGUAGCAUACAAGACAAGCGAGAACAUGCUGAUUUGCGCUCCCACUGGUGCUGGUAAAACUGAUGCGGCCAUGUUGACUAUACUUCAUACAAUCGGCCAAUACUUAACACCGAGUCCAACAGAAGACCACCUAGCAACAGAUUUUGCAGUAGACAUUGAAGACUUCAAAAUUGUCUAUGUGGCCCCUAUGAAAGCCCUUGCUGCUGAAAUCACGGAAAAGCUGGGCAAGCGUCUGGCCUGGUUGGGAGUCCAAUGUCGUGAAUACACCGGAGACAUGCAUCUCACCAAGUCGGAAAUCGUACAGACGCAAAUAAUUGUUACGACCCCUGAGAAAUGGGAUGUCGUGACCCGAAAGGGAACGGGUGAUACGGAACUUGUCCAAAAGGUUCGGCUCCUAAUCAUUGAUGAGGUUCACAUGCUUCAUGACGAGCGCGGUGCUGUCCUUGAGUCUCUUGUGGCACGGACAGAGAGACAAGUGGAGAGCACACAGUCCCUGAUUCGGAUUGUCGGCCUCAGUGCAACUUUGCCAAAUUACAUCGACGUGGCCGAUUUCCUCAAAGUCAACCGAUAUGCGGGCCUAUUCUAUUUCGAUGCAUCCUUUCGUCCCGUUCCACUAGAGCAGCAUUUUCUUGGUGUCAAAGGCAAGCCCGGCUCCAAACAGUCCAGGGAAAACUUAGAUAUAGUGGCAUUUGAGAAGGUCCGAGAGAUGUUAGAGCAAGACCACCAAGUCAUGGUCUUCGUACACUCUCGAAGAGAUACCCUUCUCACGGCAAAGAUGCUCCAUGAAAAAGCCGUUGACGAGGUUUGCGUGGACUUGUUCGAUCCCAGCUUCCAUCCGAAAUAUGAAGCCGCAGUACGAGAUAUGAAAUCAAGCAAGGCCCGGGAACUUCGAGAUUUAGUACCCAAAGGUCUGGGAAUUCACCAUGCUGGCAUGGCUCGAUCAGAUCGUAAUAUGAUGGAGAGACUCUUUUCAGAGGGAGUUAUCAAGGUUUUAUGCUGUACUGCGACCCUUGCUUGGGGUGUCAACCUUCCCGCCGCGGCAGUUGUAAUCAAAGGCACUCAAGUGUACAGUGCCCAGGACGGCAAGUUCGUCGAUCUUGGCAUUCUCGAUGUUCUUCAGAUUUUUGGUCGUGCCGGACGUCCUCAGUUCGAGGAUACCGGUAUCGGUAUGAUUUGUACGACGCAGGAUAAGCUUGCUCACUACCUUACGGCUGUGACAAACCAGUUGCCCAUCGAGUCUAACUUCUCGAAGAAGCUAGUGGACAACCUAAACGCAGAAAUUUCUCUUGGAACAGUCACAUCGAUACCGGAGGCUGUGGCAUGGAUUGGAUAUUCCUACCUCUACGUACGAAUGAGGAGAAACCCAAUGGCGUAUGGGAUUGACUGGGUUGAGUUCUCCGAGGAUCCGACUCUGGUGCAGAGACGUCGUCAGCUUGCCAUUCAGGCUGCGAGAACUCUUCAGAAGUGCCAGAUGAUCAUCUACAAUGAAGCGACGGAAGAGCUCAGGAGCAAGGAUAUCGGACGCAUUGCCAGCCAGUACUACAUUCUCCACACCAGCAUUGAGAUUUUCAACGCAAUGAUGCGACCUCAGGCCACCGAGGCCGACAUCCUGAAGAUGAUUGCAAUGAGCGGCGAGUUUGACAACAUACAAUCUCGUGAUAACGAAAGCAAGGAGUUGUCGAGAAUGAAAGAGAACGACAAUAUCGUACCAUGUGCGAUCGAUGGAGGCAUCGAUACUCCUCAAACAAAGACAAACAUCCUUCUCCAGGCGUAUAUCUCGAAAGCUCAGCCGGAAGACUUCGCCUUGACUAACGAUCUCAAUUAUGUGGCUCAACAAGCUGGUCGUAUCUGCCGGGCAUUGUACAUGAUCGCUCUCAACCGCCGAUGGGGACACCAGUGCCUCGUCUUGCUCACCUUGGCUAAAUCGAUUGAGAAGCGAGUCUGGCCAUAUCAACAUCCUCUCCACCAAUUUGAUCUGCCCAAAACCAUUCUCAAUCAACUUGACGCCAAGGAGGCUCUAAGCAUUGAAUCGAUGCGGGACAUGGAACCAGCUGAGAUUGGUGGUCUUGUCCACAAUCACGGGGCUGGAAAAAACAUUGCAAGGAUCAUUGACAACUUCCCCACGAUAAGUGUGGAAGCUGAGAUAGCACCACUGAAUCGGGAUGUCCUCAGAAUCAAGCUGUUCAUCUACCCUGACUUCCGCUGGAACGACCGUGUUCAUGGCACUUCUGAAUCUUUCUAUAUCUGGGUAGAAAACUCGGAGACUUCAGAGAUCUAUCAUCAUGAGUUUUUCAUACUCAAUAGGAGGAAAUUACAUGAUGAGCAUGAGCUCAAUUUCACAAUCCCGCUCUCAGAUCCUUUGCCAAACCAGAUAUAUGUUCGGGCUGUCUCCGAUCGCUGGCUAGGAGCUGAGACUGUCACUCCGGUAUCCUUUCAGCAUCUGAUAAGGCCAGAUACGGAGAGUGUAUAUACGGAUCUCCUCAACUUGCAGCCUCUUUCGAUCACUGCUUUGAAGAACCCCGGUCUGGAGGAAUUGUAUGCCCAGCGCUUUCAGUUCUUCAAUCCGAUGCAGACUCAAAUCUUCCAUACUCUCUAUCACACAUCCGAAAAUGUUUUGCUGGGCUCGCCAACGGGUAGUGGCAAGACUGUCGCUGCUGAACUUGCAAUGUGGUGGGCUUUCAGAGAGCGGCCAGGUUCGAAGGUCGUCUACAUUGCUCCCAUGAAGGCUCUGGUACGGGAGCGUGUCAAGGAUUGGGGUGUUCGCCUAGCAAAGCCUCUGGGACUCAAACUUGUAGAGUUGACCGGCCUUAUCAAUUUUUGUGGCAUGGAAGAUAAUCCUAGACGCUUCUUGAAUAUGGACGAGGAUGACCUGCAGCUCAAUCUUUCUAGGGUGAAGGACGAUGCCUUGAAGGAAGCAAUAAGCUUUGGUAUUGGUCUUCAUCACGCCGGUCUUGUAGAGUCAGACCGCCAGCUGGCAGAAGAGCUGUUCCUGAACAACAAGAUACAAAUCCUCGUGGCAACAAGCACGCUUGCUUGGGGAGUUAACCUACCAGCUCAUCUGGUUGUCGUUAAAGGCACCCAGUUCUAUGACGCCAAAAUUGAAGGAUAUAAAGACAUGGAUUUGACUGAUGUCCUACAAAUGCUUGGCAGAGCGGGACGACCCCAAUUUGACAAUUCAGGAGUGGCUCGAAUCUUUACCCAAGACUCGAAGAAAGACUUCUACAAACACUUUCUUCAUACAGGAUUCCCCGUGGAAUCCUCGCUCCAUACUGUGCUUGACAACCAUCUUGCUGCUGAAGUUUCGGCAGAGACGAUUGUCACGAAGCAGGAUGCGCUCGAUUACCUUACUUGGACUUUCUUCUUCCGAAGACUACAUAAGAACCCAUCCUACUACGGCUUGGAAAUUUCGGCAGAAGAGCACAAUAGCAUGACGGCUCAACAACUUGCUAAUGAUUUCAUGAUCGAGAUGGUCGACAAAUCCCUUGGAGAGCUCGCACAAUCAAAGUGUGUCGAAGUCUACCCCAAUGGCGAUGUUGACUCUACUCCCUUGGGCAAGAUUAUGAGCUACUACUACCUCUCGCACAAGACCAUCCGGUAUCUAGUACGUCACGCGAAGGCGAAGGCGUCGUUUCUGGACGUCUUGUCGUGGAUGUGUCGAGCGACUGAGUACGAUGAGCUUCCCGUACGCCACAACGAGGAUCUCAUCAAUGCCGAGCUAUCCAAAAAUCUGGCCUUUCCCGGGACGUCUUUUGGACUGCCAAUGUGGGAUCCCCAUGUGAAGGCAUUCCUUCUAUUGCAGGCACACAUGUCGCGUAUUAACCUACCUAUCACUGAUUAUGUGGGUGAUCAGACCAGUGUGCUUGACCAGGCGAUCCGUAUCAUUCAAGCAUCCAUUGAUGUCCUGACGGAGCUCGGAUAUUCAUCGAGCGCCCUGGAAAUGAUACAGCUUCUUCAGAGCAUCAAGUCUGCUAGAUGGCCAACCGAGCCCGCAGUCUCUAUCCUGCCAGGGAUCAUGGAGGAGAGGCUUGAAAAGCUAGAGAACCCUACACCGCUGCAUAAGCUCAGCUCCAUGGGUCAAGGAGGGUGGAAUAAACUGGCUAAGGACUUAGGUGUUCCACAUUCUCAGCAGCAGCGCUUCACGAAGGCCCUCUCUAUGCUACCGAAUGUCAAGGUGUCGGUGGACGAUAUCACGGCACUGUCUAUCACAGUCAACCUGAGGCGUCUAAACCCAGUCGUGGAACGCGAAGCACGAAUAUAUGCUCCCAAGUUCCCCAAGCCACAGACCGAAGGCUGGUUCGUAGUAGUUGGACACAUUGCAAAUGACGAGGUGUAUGCGGUCAAGCGAGUUGGCUGGAGUGCAGGAGCUGGCAAGACCGUUAGCAUUGGGUCGAAGCCGUCUGCUCGAGCUGUCAUUAAGCUCCCAGAUGCGGAGAACAGGCAGUCAAGGAAACUCGAUGUGAUGGUGGUGAGUGAUGGAUAUGUUGGGCUACAAUAUCAAGUGCUUGGAGUUGACAUCCCCGAGCCGCCGACGGUGGAUGACGAUGUAGACAAGUCGAAGAAAUCAGCGGCUGUAGGCUCAUCAGGAAGUGCCUGA